AAGGUGACUCGGGAGAGAGAGGGGAGGCAGGCAGUACUGGUCCACAGGGGCACAUGGGCCCCAGAGGGAAAGAUGGACUAAAAGGAGACAAAGGAGAGGAUGACACUCCAGGUACCCCAGGUCCCACCGGACCAAGAGGCCCAAAGGGAGAGCAGGGAAUACAAGGUCCCCCUGGGCCACCUGGAGAUGUGACAACUGGAGAGAAACAGCUGAAAGGUGACAGAGGAGAAAAGGGAGAGGCAGGUGACCCAGGGGAGCACGGGGCUAAAGGUCAAAAGGGUGAACCAGGAGCUUCAGGCUCGCCAGGACCAAGCGGUCCUGAGGGGCCACGUGGGCUACCAGGAGCCAGAACAUUUCUUUGA